GCUAUCUCUGACGUAGAGAGCUAAAGAAGCGUACACUUCCAUUUUCUCGACCCUUUCGGCGAAUAGAGAGCACGUGUUUGCUCGCCGGUUGCAUUCAGCUCAUUUUAUCGUACAAAACUUUGCAUCACAUUUGCUGCCUGUCCAAGUUUGGUAACUAAGGGUUGAAAAAUUCUGAUCAUUAUAUAGAUAGGUUAAUAUGAAUCCCGAAAAAUUGAAGAAGCUUCAAGCUCAAGUACGAAUCGGCGGUAAGGGAACACCCCGACGCAAGAAGAAGGUUGUACAUGCUACUGCUGCUACGGAUGAUAAAAAAUUACAAAGUUGUUUAAAAAAAUUAUCUGUGAAUACAAUUCCUGGUAUAGAAGAGGUUAAUAUGAUUAAAGAUGAUGGUACUGUCAUUCAUUUUAAUAAUCCAAAAGCUCAAGCUAGUUUAUCUGCUAACACAUUUGCCAUUACUGGUCAUGGAGAAAAUAAACAAAUAACUGAUAUGUUACCGGGAAUAAUAAGUCAAUUGGGUCCUGAAGGUGUUACACAAUUGAAACGACUAGCAAGUACAGUUUCUGGAAGUACAGUUGGUAAAUCAACAUUGGAAGAGGAUGAUGAAGUGCCAGAUUUAGUGGAGAAUUUUGAUGAAGCUAGUAAAGAGGAGGUUGCUCCAAAAAAGGAAGUGGAUGAAAAUGAUAAAGCAGCUGGUGAUAAAAAAGAAGCUAUUACAAUCAAUGAAAUGAAAGAAGCUCCCUUAGCUACACCUGAGGCUUAAAGUUACAAGCUAUUUCAUACAACUAACAGUUCUAAUUGACAAGUUAAGUAAUACAAGUUGCAAAAGCAAUGCGAAGUAUCACUAUACAUACAUUAUAAAUAUUUGACAUACCUUAUAAUAAUGCUAUAUGAGUAACAGUUAAUAAGAAAUAAAAAAAAGGCUGUUACAGAAAUCAAAAGUUUCUAUAAACAAGUUUAUUUUGUUGCAUCUGUAAGGUAGACUUUACUUUGAAACAGCUAAAAUGAUCUUACACUUCCUAAAUUAAUAUUUUGUAAUAUUACAUAUGAUGAAUAGCAUUUGAAUUUUAAACAUUUUUAAUUCAAAUGUUCAUUCAUAUGAAACGCGAUAUUCAUCUAUAAUUUUUAUUACGAUCAUAUUUAUAAUAAGAUCAUAUUUUUCUCAUUGUUACAUAUUGUGUUCGUAUCUGUUUUUACGUAUCAAGAACAAACAAUAAAGAAUUUAUAGAGAUAUAAUUAGUGAAGCGAAAUGAAAUUCCGGCAAGAGAUAAUAGUUUUCCGCCUAUUUGCAAUAUAGGGGAAAGAAAUUUAUAUGCAUUGUAGAAAAAGAAAAAAAUGCGCGAAGUACUGAGGCACCUCUAUUUUAAUCGAAAUUAUAUUAUAUUGAUAUAUGGAUAAGAAUAGUUUAUCGUAACAGCGUUCCAGCGUGAAAAAUGAGGUGUAAUAUUUUGUAAUGUAAUCUAUGGAAUAAAUUUAUUUGCUGGAAA